AUGAGUGCAAGGGGUGGCAAUUCUUGUGCGUUUGCUUCAUGCAAAAAUAGUAGCAGAGAAACAAAACUUAUAAGCUUUUUCCGAUUUCCAAAGAAUGAAAGAAGUAAGCUUUGGGUAGAAGCUUGUGGACGUCAGGAUUUAAUAAACAAAACAUCUGAGCAACUAUAUAAAAACUAUCGCUGUGCUUUGCAUUUUUCACAAGAAAUGUUCUUGAAUGAUCUACGAAACCGGCUUCAAUCAAAUGCUGUUCCUGUAAGAGAGCAUAAUAUACAAAAACAGGAAGCUACUUCAAGCAAUGCAAUACCUCAAUCAAAUUAUCAAGAACCAUUAGAAGUAGGUUCAGACAUUCCCUUGCUGGAUUAUUUAGAAGCUAGCACUUCAAGUUAUGUUGCAAAUACAGAAAUACAAAACGAAAGAGAGAGUCAGGAAACACAAACAGAUUUAACUCUAUCAAGAAAUUCACCUCGGAAACAAUUAUUAAAGAGAAGAAUUGUAAUGCUGCAAAGGAAAAUUUACAGAUUGCAGAAAAAAGAAAUAAACAAGAAUAAGGUUGAGAUGGAGGACUCUUCCAUUGAACAUUACUUUAAUUUAACAGAUCACUUUCUGCCACCAUCUGUUGCAAAAUUUGUUAAAAAUCAAGCUCUUCUACAUCAGCAAUCGAAAAAAGAUAGAAAAUAUACCGCAGAGUAUAAAGAAUUCUGUUUGAACAUAUACUUUUGCAAUGCUAAAUGCUAUGAUUUAUUGAGCGAAACAUUUUACUUACCAACGAAACGAACCUUACAACGCAUGAUAAGUAAUUUUUAAAUUGUACCGGGCCUGCAUGACUUUCUAUUUGAUGCGUUACGGAAGAAAAUAAGCACAUUUGUAAUUUCCUCCGACACAUAUUGCAUUUUAUGCAUUGAUGAAGCAUCAUUGAAAGCAAGUUUAUUUUACAAUAUCAGUAGAGAUGAAGUAAUAGGAUUUGAAGAUGUCGGAAAUGGCAAGUCUUUCUCUCCUUCAUGCAAUGUUGCUGUAUUAAUGAUUAGAGGUAUGUGUAGAUCAUGGAAGCAACCUUUAGGCUAUUAUUUCCUACACUCUACAUUUCCAGCUGAUCAACUUAAACUUAUAAUCACUGAGGCAAUUAGUAAGUUGCAAGGAAUUGGAUUGAAAGUAGUUGCGCUAAUUACAGAUAUGGGUAGUAACUUCAUACAAACAGCAAAGCUGUUAAAGGUUACUGAGUCUCCAUAUUUUAUUAUUAACAAUAAACACAUUGCUUAUUUUUUUGAUCCUCCACAUCUACAAAAAGCUUGUAGAAAUAAUUUUUUAAAUAACGUAAUAAUUGCAAAUGGCAAACAAAUAUCUUGGACUCACAUAGAACAACUGUAUGCAAUAAACAGUAAAAAA